CUGGAAAUAUAAACACUUUUAUGAAGGAAGGAUUAUCCAAUGUCUCCACUCUCCUUGUGAAUGAAGAAACCAAUACCUUAUUUGUUGGAGGCAGAGAUGCAGUAUUUGCUCUUGAUUUGAAUAAUAUUUCUAGAGAAAUAGCCAGGAUAAGAUGCCAGAACUACAUCCUCUUCCUCCAUAAGAUAAAUGACUCCAACCUAUAUGUUUGUGGAACCAACGCAUAUCACCCAACUUGUGAUCACAUGGUUAUCGAUGGGACGAACAUAAGCUUGCAAGGAAGAGCUGAAGAGAGCAGAGGGAAGUGUCCAUUCGAACCCACUCUAAAGUAUGCGUCUGUUUUUGUAGAUGGGGAAUUUUAUUCAGCUACUUCAAAUAAUUUCCUGGGAACAGAACCUAUAAUACUUCGCAGCAUGAGAAAUCCUGUAAGAACGGAGUUUAAAACAUCAUGGCUAAAUGAACCAAGCUUUGUCAACAUGGAAAUAGUGCAUGAAAGUGAAUCUAAUCCAAAUGGAGACGAUGAUAAAAUUUAUGUGUUCUUCACUGAAACAGCUGUUGAAUUUGAAUUUUAUGACAAGCUUCUGGUGUCCAGAAUUGCCCGUAUCUGCAGAGGUGAUCUUGGUGGAAAACGCAUAUUGCAGAGAAGAUGGACAUCAUUUUUAAAAUCCCGCCUUUCCUGUUCCGUUCCAGAAUUAAACUUCCAUUUCAAUAUUGUCCAGGACAUCUUUUUACUUAGGAGAAGAAAGUGGCAGGACAGCGUAUUUUAUGGAAUUUUUUCCCAACAAUGGGGAAGAUUAGACAUAUCAGCUGUUUGUGCAUACAGUAUGAAAAAGAUUCAGGAAGUCUUCUCCAAAGGAAGCUACAAAGGACCAGUAACUGUAGACCAUUCCCCUGUGAAGUGGAUGGUAUACAGGGGAGAAGUGCCAGUUCCACGUCCUGGUGCUUGCAUUGAUAAUUUUGCCCGGAGUAUUGGGUAUAAUACUUCUUCUGACUUGCCUGACAAAGUUUUGCAGUUUGUUAGAGAUCACCCUCUAAUGGAUAAUUCUGUAAAUCCAAUUGGUAAUCGACCGGUGCUGCUGAAGAGAGGUUCAAACUAUACCAGGAUCGUAGUAGACAGAGUCACUGGCCUAGAUAAACAAACAUACGAUGUUAUGUUUCUAGGAACAGAUGAUGGAUAUUUGCAUAAAGCUUUCAGUUGUGAUGGGGAAAUGUUCAUUGUGGAAGAGCUACAGCUGUUUCCGUCUCCUGAGCCUGUACAAUCUCUCCAGCUGUCUUCUGACAAGGGAAUGCUCUAUGUAGGGUCCCCAUCUCAAGUGGUGCAGCUCCCAGUUUCUGCGUGCCACCGAUACAAGUACUGCUUGGAUUGCAUCCUGGCGAGGGAUCCUUACUGCGCAUGGUCUCAGUCUGCUAAUGAAUGUGUUCUACUGGCAAAUCAAACUGGUCGUACGAAGAAUUUAAUUCAAAGUGUGAAAUAUGGGGAUGCUUCCAGCUGCCUUAGUGUAGAAAACAGUGUGAGAAAAUGUCUCUUUACCCUUGGAAACAAUGUUCAUCUUAAAUGUGUUCCUCUGUCGAAUCUGGCAAGCGUAGUGUGGAAGUUUAAUGGGAGCAGACUCCAGGCCGAGGACUCUAAAUAUCUCCUCUAUGAUGGAGGAAUAGCAAUAUUUAAUGUGACAGUGGAUGCGGCUGGAUUCUAUGAUUGUCUCUCGGUAGAGAAAUCCAAAGGGAAGGAAUUCCUUAUCACUGUGGCCCGCUAUGCCCUUUAUGCCCAAGAAAAGACAGAGGAAGCAAAUGUCAUUGCUGCAGCAAAGCAGCGUAAUGAAGCAGGAGCUGAGGGUUUUCAGUCUUCAGUACCACCUUUACUGAACGAGGCAGCAAAACAGCUAUCUGUGGACAGCCAAAGGGAGAAGCUG